UCGCCCACCGCUCGCGAGUUCGCUGGACGGAACGGUGCGUCGCGCCUCCACGCACGCAGCAGCUCAGCCGCCGCCGCCGCCCACAACUGCCUCCCCUUCUCCUUCACCUCGCCGCCCCCAGGGACCACGUCAAUGGCCGCCGCCGCCGCCGCGCCCUAGAAUUGCGUCGCCCGCCGCUCCUCGCCCCGGGAUCCAGCGAGACCAGAAUCCAGAUGCUCUCUCUGGGCGCCAUCCGCAAGUUGUGCGCCGCCUUCGACGCCGUCGCGCUCACCGUCAUCGCCGCGGGGCUCUCCCGGCCUCCCACCGGCCGCCACCCCUUCUCCUCCGCUCACGCGCACUCCCCACAUCCACCAGACUUCCCCACCAUCGCUGCCUGCCGCGCCGCGGUCUCUGCCUCCAAGGGUAGCCGUUCCCCUGCCGCCGCCGCCAAGGAGGAGCAGCAGCCGUUGCUGCUCAGGAUCAAACACGAGCUGGACCCGGAGCGGCUGUACGAGCUGUUCAGGGCCAAUGCGCACAACCGCCUGCUGGUGGAGAACCGCUUCGCGUUCGAGGACACGGUGGCGCGCCUGGCAGCUGCUCGACGGAAUGACCUCGUGGAGGAGAUCCUCGAGCAGCACAAGGCGCUGCCCCAGGGGAGGCGCGAAGGGUUCGUGGUCAGGAUCAUCGGCCUCUACGGGAAGGCCGGGAUGCCGGACCACGCCCUGCGGACUUUCCAGGAGAUGGAGAUGUACGGAUGCCCGCGCACAGCCAAGUCGCUCAAUGCCGCCAUGAAGGUCCUGCUACGAGCAAGGCUCUUUGAUGAGGCCCUGAGUCUUUUUGAGGAGGGAUCACAGAAGUAUGGUGUUGAGCUGGAUGACAUCUCAUAUAACACGGUGGUGAAGAUGUUUUGCGAUAUGGGGAAAUUGCGUGCGGCUUACCAGGCUAUGCAGAAGAUGGAGGAGGCAGGCGUGCGACCAGAUGUCAUCACAUACACGACGCUCAUGGCUGCGUUCUAUAAUUGUGGCCAGCGUGAGAUUGGGGAUGGUUUGUGGAAUCUCAUGAGGUUGAGGGGUUGCAAUCCGACACUUGCUAGCUACAAUGUGAGGAUCCAAUUCCUGAUUAACAGGAGAAGGGGGUGGCAGGCAAAUGAUUUGGUGCGGAAAAUGCAUGCAGCGGGGAUCAAACCAGAUGAGAUCUCAUACAAUCUAAUUAUCAAGGGUUUCUUCAUGAUGGGUGAGCAUGAGAUGGCCAAGACGGUGUUUGGCGCGAUGCACGGAAGAGGAUGCAAGCCAAACAAUAAGGUUUACCAGACAAUGGUCCAUUACCUCUGUGAGAAAAGGGACUUUGAUUUGGCAUUCAGGUUGUGCAAGGAUAGCAUGGAGAAGAACUGGUUUCCCAGUGCCACUACAAUUGUCCAACUGUUGAAAGGCCUCAUGGCAAUCUCAAAGGAUAGGAAUGCGAGAGAGAUAAUGAUGUUGGUUGCUGGGAGAAAACCUUCAUAUUCAGAUGAUGAAAUGAAGGUCUUCAAAGACAUAUUGUCUCAUGGGAAUACCGGAAGAUAAGUUGAUGACCGGAUUGGAAAAAUUUGCUGUAAAUCCACCACAUGUAACUGUAAGGUUGUUGUUGACAUUCUUUUAUCACUUUUUUUUUCACAGUCAAGUUGAAAUGAGGUAGAUGGAGUUUUGAAUAAUGAUACAUCCUUUCGGACUUCAGAUAGCAAUUGUUCUGCUUUAAAAAAGUUAGUAUAAGUUAUAGAGAGCCCUUACCUCUAGCUGAAAUAUCAUGAAUGGCAAAGAUUUUAAGAGCUGAAGAUUCUGUACUGUACUUUCCAUUGUCUAAUGUUUUGAAAUUUUCAUAAAGAAGUUUAUGUUCAAAAUAAUUGAACAUAACUCAUAACUACAUAAGAAUGUUUCGAAACCCAGCUGUGAAUGUUGAUGAAGUAAUGAAGUAUUCUGUGCAAUAUACCAAACAAUGCUUAGGAAAACCUGAUCUUGUUAUAUUGUUUUUCCCAUUUUGCCAUCUCAUCAAAGUAGAAGAUUGUCUACUCGUUAGAACAAGACAUUUUUUUAUGCCUCAAAGUUUUUCUACCGUAAAAUAGAUAAUUCUUUUGACUUCGUUGAAAAGGCAUGUGAUGUAAACCAAAUGAUUUGAAUUUAUUUCCUUUUUUUACUAGCCAUAUAUUUCCUGUUAAAAGUAUCAAGUUUCUUGACAACACUGUUCUAAUUUGUAACUGAUCAUACCAGUUUUCAGUUACCAGCGUUACUACUAGUCACUGGAUGGCUUAAAUGUAUCUGAUGUAGCAUGUUACUUGAUGCAUCCACCUCUUUGACGCAUCAGUUCAGAUUGGUUAUUAAUGUGUAUUGCUAAAAGUAAAAGUAAAAUAUAGUAAUCUAGCUAGGAUUACUUCUUAUAGUUCUUGGAUAUGUGAAGUUUUUGCACCUAGGAGAUGUGAUAUGAUGUGAAUGUUGUGAUUCUUAAUUGAUUGAAAUGAUAGACAUGUCAUGGGCAAUUGUACAUUACUUUUCUGAUUAUUUUGUUGGGUUAGAAUAUGACGUAGCACCUAUCUUUCUGUCAUCAUCACACUGAAAUCCACAAUUUAUCAUGUUUUUUGCUCUUUAUCCCCUUAAUCGUGUAGCUCAAAGUUUUACUAUCUGCUAUACAUUAUUUUUUUAGAUUUUUUAGAAAGUUUCACAUAAGUAACCUCAGCCUCUCAGAACAGAAUCCUGCAUUCUGGUGUGAAAUACCAGCGAAUAACUGAAAGUAAAAACAAAACGAAAUAAACUUGGGUUAUCUUAUCUAUACGAAACCCUGGCUUAAAACAUUACUUAGUGCUUGUCUUAAAAAUCCCAAAUGGUUUUCACUAUUCCUGAAACAAACUACAUGGAUCCUGCCAUCCUGGAAAUCCCAUUAUAACAUGCUGAUAAUCCUUCUAGAAAAAAACAGCUGAUAAACUAGCCCUUUUAAGACCCUUUUUUCAAUGUUAAUUGAUACUAGCACUAGUACGACCUUGUGUUCUUUCUUUGCUGCUUGCAGUCUCUGACAGUAUUUGACAUGCUUGACUGGAUGGAGACAAGAUGAAGGAAACGAAUAAAGAAAGCAUAUGGCACUGGAAAUUGUGGGAUGGGAUUGUACACGUUCGAGGAGCAUCGCCAUCAGAAUUCAAAAUGACUGGAUGACCUGAGGCAGGCAUUCAGAAAACCCCAUCUAUUCUGUUAUUUGGAAGCCUUGAAGGGAAAGGGCGGAUAUGGAAUGGACAUCCGGUGUAUAUUUCUUCGUAUGCAAAAGCCUUGUAGCGUGGCUGUAUACUGCUAGCUCUCGUACUGUGGCCAUUUACUGAAGUUCUGAGACAGUGAAGCUGCGUAUCAGUGCGACAGUGCUAUCAUCUCGCUGGGUCGCUGCACCUGUAAAUUCCAGGAUCACUCUUUGGGCUCUUUCUUGUUUGUGUUUGCUGUGAAAUAAAAAUUUCAUCUUCUAAAAUUUCUAUUGAUCUGUGGUCAUGUCCUAGUUUAUGCUUGAUAACGUUGGCACUGUAUCGUUGUUGCAUAUUAUAUGAAAAGUAAGAUGCGAUAAUAAUACAAUGCCAAGAAAUAUUUUGAUAACAAAA